AUGUCCAAAACAAUAUUAGCAUUAGGAACUAUAGCUUUGAUUGGAGCUCUAUUAAUGGCCAACUAACCUUAAUCUGUUGAUUAUGUUUCUAAGUUUGAAGCAUUCAAGUAGAGAUUCGGAAAAAGAUAUGGAUCAACAGAGGAAGCAUACAGAUUGGCUGUCUACACCCAGAACUUAUUAUUUGCUGAAGCUCACAAUCUAUAGAAAGGAAAGAGAGUAUUUGGAGAAACUAUCUUUUUCGAUUUGACUCAAGAAGAAUUUGCAUAAAUAUAUCUCACAGCCCAGGCAACUGAAGAAGACUUGAAUGUGACAAGAGUCUCUGCUAGAUCAAACAACCUCCAAGCUUCAGUAGAUUGGACUACUUAAGGUGCUGUGACUCCAAUCAAAGAUCAAGGAUAAUGUGGUUCUUGCUGGACUUUCAGUACAACAGGUGUUUUGGAGAGUUUCUUCUAUCUCACAACAGGAGAAUUGCCAGAUCUAUCAGAAUAACAAUUAUUGGACUGCUCAACAGUUAUCGAUUUCAACAAGGGUUGCGAUGGAGGUUUACCAGCUAGAGCUUUGAACUACGUUAAAAGAAAUGGUAUUACUACUGGUGCAGCUUAUCCAUAUACUGCCGUUCAAGGAACAUGCAAAAUUAAGGGAGGUGCCUAUCACAUUAAAGGAUCUUAAGUUUUGGCCAAGGAUGAGGAAACUUUGGUUGCCUACUUAAACAAGGGACCAGUCUCAGUCGGAGUAGAUGCCACUAACUGGUAAUACUAUAGUCCAAAGGAUGAAAAAGUGUUCAGUGAUUGUGAUACUAAAAUGAAUCACGUAGUAUUGGCUGUAGGAUAUGACGAUAAGGCAUUCAAACUCAAGAACUCUUGGUCAACUAGUUGGGGAGUCAAGGGAUAUAUCUUUUUGGCCAGAGGAAAAAACACUUGUGGUAUCUAUGAUACAAACGUUGUUCCAAUUUGA